AUGACACCGGAUCCAGCACUCAAGCUUGACCCUCCUCAAGAUAACACCUUCACGCCGCAAGAAUUAUCUGGAUUUGAUGGCUCAGAUACUUCGAAACCGAUCUAUGUGGCUAUCAAAGGCAUCGUAUUUGAUGUGUCCAACAAGCGAGAUGUAUACGGACCUGGAGGUAGCUACCAUGUAUUCGCGGGAAAGGAUGGAAGUAAAGGGUUGGGGCAGAGCAGCCUGAAAGUCGAAGAUGCGAUUGCGGAUUACUCUUCCCUGAGUGAAGCAGAGCUGAAAGUAUUGGACGAUUGGGUUGCCUUGUAA